AUGUUGAGAGAAAAGUUUCUUAAACCUUUUUCUAACCAUAAUUUGUUGAAAUUUAUUGGUUUAAGCAAGAAGUUUAACCCGGAUUAUGUCAAGGCCUUCUACUGUAACCUAGAGCUUACCACUACUGGUCUCAAGAGUAAGUUCAAGGAUUGUGCUGUGAAAUUUAGAUACUGUGACUUUACUAAAUUAUAUUGGUUGACUUCUUCUAGUUCAAGUGUCACUGCUGCUAGAUUAUCUCAGUAUGAUACGGUUCAUUUUGUUCUUUCUAUUUCCAAAUUUGUGACUGAGAACAUUGUUAUGUCAAACUUCCCCAUCAGUCAAGUGAUGUUCAACAUGUGA